CUCUCCCGACGUCUGCGGUUUCCAGACCUGAGUACAAAACUCUGCUCCAUAGUCCAUAGUUCUGGGUUUCGCUCUACUGUUUUGAUUCCAAUCAAGGCCGUAGUUUAUCCGUUAGAAAUAUAUUUUAUCGUUGAUUACAAUGUAAUACCACAUACUUAACAGAAAAAUCAAUUAUGCAACAAUAGGUUGAAAAUUAAAUAUAUGUCUUCGACCAAACGCACAUAUUAGAAGUAUACAAUAGAAAAUGGGGGUCUUAGCAUCAUUGAAACGAUCCUCGGUGGUCCACCUGAUGUUUGCUAUAACAUUUUUUACAUCUGGUCUGAUUAUUAAUCUAUUCCAAUGUAUAUUGUACAUUGGCCUACGUCCAUUCUCCAAAUACCUGUACCGAAAACUGAAUUACUAUCUGUGCUACUCGUUUUACUCUCAAUUAGUAUUCAUGGGUGAAUGGUGGUCGGGUACAGAUGUCAUAUGUUAUAUAAAUAAGGAAGACUUUGACAAAUAUUACGGCAAUGAACACGGAUACCUACUAAUGAACCAUAGUUAUGAAAUCGACUGGUUAAUAGGCUGGAUGUUCUGCGAACGUAUUCAAAUGCUAGGGAACUGUAAAGCCUAUGCAAAAAAGUCUAUUCAGUAUAUUCCUACACUGGGAUGGGCCUGGAAAUUUGCGGAAAGUGUAUUCCUAGAGAGAAGUUGGGAAAAGGACAAAGAAACUAUAGGUCAACAAAUUAGAGAAUUAGCCGACUAUCCCGACACGAUGUGGCUAUUGUUGUAUGCAGAAGGGACACGUUUCACCCCAGAGAAACACGAAGCCAGCCAAAAAUUUGCACAUGAAAAGGGUCUGCCAGUAUUAAGACACCAUUUAACCCCACGCACAAAAGGAUUUACAGCAAGUCUUCCACAUUUAAGAGGGAAAGUGGGUGCUAUCUAUGACAUUCAGUUGGCAUUCAAGCCAACAGAAGUAGUUAAGCCAACUAUGACAAAUCUUCUUCUAGGAGAGAAAGUAGAAGCUCAUAUGUACAUAAAUAGGAUUCCACUCGCCGAAGUUCCCGAAGGGGAUGAAGCUGCUGCAGCUUGGCUACAUCAGAUCUAUCAGAAAAAGGACCGAAUGGCAGAGAGUUUUAUGCAAACAGGGGACUUCUUUGCCACAAGUGGGGUAUCGGCAACGGGAUCCUUCAAGCUCGAAAGGAGAUAUUACUCUCUCAUAAAUACCACUUUCUGGGCCAUCGUUGUACUUGUUCCCAUGCUGUACUAUCUGGUCAAUCUUCUGCUGUCUGGGUCGACAGUAUACUUUUUCAUCGGAGUAGGGAUCAUCCUAUUAUUUUUCCUGCUGAUGUACAAAACAAUUGGAAUGUCUGAGAUAAGCAAAAGUUCGUCGUACGGAUCCGCGGAAAGUAAGAAAACUCAUUGAGCACACAGAUAGACAGUUCUUGUUUUUGGAUCGAACAAGCCAAAACAAAACAGAGAAACAAAGUAUAUAUAAAUAAAAUAUAAGAAAUUAUUAAGAUAUAUUUGCCAGUUGAGAAUAGACAAUUAUAUUGAUAGCAGUUUAAAAAGAUGCGGGGAAACAAAGAAUGGAGCUACCCUCCUUUCCCCUGUCAGUUAGUGAUCACAGAUUACUGAAAACAAAAACAAGUCACCGCACCUGAAAUAAGCAAUCGAGCUAAUCAAACCAACUUGUAAGAGAGACGGAAGGAUGAUGCUUAUUUCUUGAAUCUUUCCCCGCUUCUCUUGGAACUCCUAACAAUACUAUACCAUAAGAAUUAUGAAAUUUCGAGCAACAACUGGAAUAAUAUAAUUGAUAUGCGAACAGCGAUAUAACGAUUUGAUACCUGUUGGAAUUGGAUUAUUAUAGCACGUAUUAUAAAUAUGUAUCCAAUACAUA